UGAGGUGGCCGAGUUGCAGACGCAGAGAUGCAGAUCUUUGUGAAGACACUCACGGGCAGGACCAUCACCCUUGAGGUCGAGUCCAGUGACACCAGUGAGAAUGUCAAAGCCAAAAUUCAAGACAAGGAGGGUAUCCCACCUGACCAGCAGUGUCUGAUCUUUGCCGGCAAACAGAUGGAGGAUGGCCGCACGCUCUCAGACUAUAACAUCCAGAAAGAGUCCACUCUGCACCUGGUGCUGUGCCUGAGAGGUGGCAUUAUUGAGCCUUCCCUCUGCCAGCUCACACGGAAAUACAGCUGCGACAAGAGGAUCUGCCGCAAGUGCUGUGCUUGUUGGCACCCCCGUGCUGUCAACUGCCACGAGAAGUGUGGCCACACCAAUAACCUGCGCCCCAAGAAGCACGUCAAAUAA